AUAGAUGGGGAGGCUGAGAAGCAAAGAAACUAAAAUAAACAAAUUAUUUAAAGUAAUAUAUAUUUGUAUAUAUAGGUAGAUAUGUGCAUGCGUUUGAGUUUUCAACAACAAAAGAAGAGCAUUUAUGGAAAAUUGUAUGUUGGCAGAUGAAACAUUGAAGAAGGGCAAUAAAAGGGGCAUUGCUAAUUAGUUGGGUAGUUCUGAGAGAUUUUAAUUCACAUACUUACUGCUUUGCUUCCAAGUCUUGCUUUCCUUUCCUUCCCCUACCUUUCGGUAACAUCAAAAAACAAUCUUUAAAGUUAAUAUUAUUUUUCUUAUUCUGUGUGUGUGUGUAUGUGUUUGAAUCCAAUGCAAUAUUUCCAGGCAAUGAUGAUCUUGAUGCUGAUGGUGAAGUAGGUUAUUUAUCAUCUUUCACCAACCUUCAUUUUCAGCAUUUAUUUAGACAGACUGUGUAAAGAGUCCUUUUCCUGAUCUCUUGUUUAUUGAGGGUUUGGUUUUGGUUUUGGUUUUGUUUUUGCACUGAAUGAAUUAAACAUGGGAGCUGCUGUUCUUCCUUAUUUUCUUCUUCUUCUUCUAGCUCUCAUUUCUCUCCAGCGAUUUGGGGUUGUUUCUGGUUUAGAUUACAGUCAAGUUAGUCCUUUGAGGCUUGAAAGAAUUCAGAAGCAUUUGAACAAGAUUAACAAGUCUCCUGUCGUGACCAUUGAGAGCCCAGAUGGAGAUAUCAUAGAUUGUGUUCAUAAAAGAAAACAACCAGCUCUCGAUCACCCUCUAUUAAAAAAUCACAAGAUCCAGAAAGUGCCCCCAGUAAUGCCUACUGGAAUGAAAACGAUGAAGAAACAAGAAGAAGAAGAGACAACAGCAGCCUCAAAGAGCAAUAACCCAAGUAAUAAAAAUUCAGAACUACUGAAAAGUGCAUGGCAAAUAUGGCAUAGAAAUGGAACAAGGUGUCCAAAGGGAACAGUUCCAAUCCGUCGGAGCUCGGUUGACGAUGUAUUGCGAGCCAAGUCGUUGUUUGAUUUCGGAAAGAAACAACGUAAAAUCGGCCUUGAUCGGAGAGCCGACGCUCCCGACGUCGUCAGCGGCAAUGGCCAUGAGCAUGCAAUCGCCUACACUGGAACAUCAAAAGAGGUGUAUGGGUCCCGAGCUACCAUAAACGUGUGGGACCCGUCGAUCCAAGUGGUCAACGAGUUCAGUCUAUCACAGAUUUGGAUUCUUUCGGGAUCAUUCGAGGGCUCAGAUCUCAACAGCAUAGAAGCUGGAUGGCAGGUCAGUCCGGAGCUUUAUGGUGACAGCAGGCCAAGGUUGUUCACGUAUUGGACGAGCGAUUCAUAUCAAGCCACAGGAUGCUACAAUCUUCUUUGUGCUGGAUUCAUACAAACAAAUAGUAGAAUAGCCAUUGGUGCUGCCAUUUCUCCUGUUUCUUCCUAUGCCAAUAAUCAAUAUGACAUUACCAUCCUCAUAUGGAAGGAUCCGAAGAUUGGAAAUUGGUGGAUGGGAUUUGGCGAUAACACUCUUGUGGGGUACUGGCCGGCUGAGCUAUUUACACACUUGGCAGACCAUGCCACCAUGGUGGAAUGGGGCGGCGAGGUGGUGAACUCAAGGGCCAACGGCGAGCACACGUCCACCCAAAUGGGUUCAGGCCAGUUUGCGGAAGAUGGGUUCGGAAAAGCAAGCUAUUUCAGGAACCUGGAGAUUGUAGAUUCUGAUAACAGCCUGAGCUCGGCACUGGACAUCUCAAUUCUAGCGGAAAACACAAACUGUUACAACAUUAAGAGCUCCUACAACAACGAAUGGGGCACAAGUUUUUACUAUGGAGGGCCUGGAAGAAAUCCGCAAUGCCCAUAAUCAUCAUUAUUGUCUUCCUUAAAAAAAAAAAAAGAAGAAGAAGAAGAAGAAGAAAAUUCGGUAUCAAUUAUAUUCUUUGAUCGUGUAAUUAUGAAAAUUUAUGCUAUUUCCGUACCUGUUUUUGCUUAUUCUAAAUUUUUGGUUUUGGUAGAUGUGAGGGAAAUGUGUAAUAUUUUUCAGCAAGACAAUCUGGUAUUUUGCUCAAAUAGGCAUGGAAAUAGCAGCAUCUCUUAUAUGCUAAUUUUAACCUUAUUAA